ACUGAAAUGCUUUGUGGUGAUUAUUUAGGAAUAUAAAGUGUUGGAGUGAAGUUAUUAAAUAAAAAAUAAUUAAUUCAUCAAUUAUAAAUUUAAUUUUUGGAAUUGUUUGUAAAUUAAGAGAAAAAAUAAACAUCCAACUCAAGGCCCGCACAGAUAUUCACUUGGCAUCGAUGUGUGUGAGCACCAGCCAUCAGCUGUCAUUGGCAAACAAAUCAACGACGACGUUACAAACCGAAAAAAGAAGCAGACGCAAAUUUAAAAUCAUCAAUGCAAGUGCUUUUUGUAUCUGUUGGCAAAGUAAAACAUUUUAACAAGUAAAGUUGUGUGAUUGUAAUGUAGUGUUUUAUUAACAAUUUAAUACUUUUUAAAUAAAAAGAAGAUGCAAUUCCUGUGAUAUGAAUAAAGACAAUUUUCAAGUUAUUUCGUCCAGCAACAAAGGCGCGCUCGAACUGUCAAAAGUCAAUGAAUGAAUGGUUUGUUGGUUGAGAGACACAAACGACAGAAGAGAGGGAGUAUAACACGAGACAGAGAGAUUUGGGGAAUGUACGUUUGAAAAAACCAGCAGCAGAACAUUUUGCUUUUUUGCUUGUUGACUCCAUUCGAUUGGAUUUUGUGGAGCAAUCAACAACGUUUUUUAAAUUUCAAAGAGGAGUAAAUAUGUAACAUUUUUGAAUUUGAAAUAUUAUCCUUGCAGUUAUCUGUAGAGUGCGAUUAGAAAACGGUAACAUAAUUCAGCUAAUGAAUAGUAAAUCGAGUGCCAAGUGAUUGCUUAAAGACAAGAUAUAAGACACACAGAAACGACGAAGAUAUUUAUUUUUAAAAUAUAUAAAGCAGAUAACACAAGCAGCAAGCUUAAGAAGAGAAAUACAGAGUCGUCGUUUGUCAGCUAUACAAAAAUUAGCAAGCAUGUCAGCAGCAGUUCCAUUUGUGGUUAAUUCCAGUGGCGGCGGUGGCACUGGCGGCGAUAGUGACAUUGUUUUGGCUGCCGCUUCACGGGAUUUAACUGGUUCCCGUUUAUUCCAAUUCUAUAUGGAGAGUUUUUUCAAAAUUCCCAAAGAUAUUAAAAAUGAUAUAAUCUAUUGCCAACGAGCACUGAAGGCUCACAUCAAGGUUCAUCAGAUGGUCUUGGAUGUGUUUCAACAGCAACCCGAUGCAGAUCCCAAGCAGAAGAAACGUAUCAUAGAUGAACUGGAAUCGGAAAUUUAUGAAAUCAAUGCUGAACAAAAUUUUCUACUACUUCGUUUACGUCGUAUUAUCGAUCAAUUCUAUAAAAUGCUUAAAAAGAAUGGCAUACCCACAGACGUAAAUGCUACCAAUGCUAUGGUUUCCAGUGAAAUUGUACCACUUAUUAGCGAUACAAGUGUUGAUAUACAGCCCAUAACAGUUACACAUCGUAAUAGUGAGGAGAAAUUAAUAGAAAAAUAUUUCGAGGUACAAAGGGAACCUCAAGCUGUGGCCUCACCACCACCAUCUCCUCCAACACACUUACACAAAAAGGAGAUGGCCAAUUGUGUAGAGAUAAUUAACUUAGAUGACGAUGGAAAUAUUAUGGAACAAAUUGCCAAAACGCAGCAGCAAAGGCAAAGGGGACAAAAAAGGGAAUACCCACAAAGCACUGUUAGUAGUAGUAGUAGCAAUGCCCACAACAACGGUGAGAGUCUACUGAAGAAAUUUGAAAUGGUUAUGACCAGUCCCAGUGGGCCGCAAACAUCACUGCUCAAGCCGAUGAAUCAACGUGUUGUCAAUGAAACAGUGCCACCAGUUGUGACUGAUGUCAAAACCAAACUGGAAAAGACUUCAACAUUAGCUGAGAUUUACAAUCAACGUAGGCAGGAGAAAGAGGAGGAACAGCCGGUGUCAACCAAUGUGAAGAUGAGUCGUAUGAAUUUGAGACAGGCAUUAAAAAGGGCCCAAGCAGCUGUUAGAGGACCAGCCGCUGUUGCUGUUUCAGCACCAUUACCUCCUCCACCACCGCCACCACCACAACCCGUUGCUGUGGUUCCCACCAAACCACCAGCUACCAAGGGAAGACCAUCCAAGGCUGCCAUUGCUGCUGCUGCCGCUGCUGCCGCUGCAGCCGCCGCAGCUGCAAAGCUUCGCAAAUCACCUGAAGUUUCUUCUUCCUCUGAAGAGGGAACCCCAGAAAGAGGACCCACACCACCACAUGCCUAUUGGCCCGAUGAAUUGGAAGAAACUCGCACCAAGGCCGAAGAAUAUGGCCAAGAGAUGUUUUUGAGAAUAUUUGACUUAUUUACACCUGAGGUGUAUGCUCAUAUGCAACAAAGACGUUCUAAACGACGUCGUCGUUGUGUUCAAAAUAACAGUUAUCAUUAUGGGGCCUCUGGUACCAAUUACAGUGAGCCCGAGGCGAAAAAGAAGCGUAAAGCUUUCCUUCUAUCACCACAAGUGAAGAAAGCUGCCAUACCCAAUAAACGCAAUAAAAGGCGCAGUGCUGACAAUGCUUCGGAUGUUAACUCAGCUCCUCCAUCUCGUUCAGCUUCCAGCAGUCCUCAGGAUGAUAAACGUACAUGCAAUGAAUGCUUCAAAGGAGGUUAUAUAUUGGAGCAAUGUGAACAAUGUAAAUCCCACUAUCACCCACAGUGCCAACGCGAAGAAGAUGUGCCUGCAAAUGUUACUCAGGAUCCCAAAGAGAUUUUAAGUGAAACGAAAACAUGUCCGGCCUGUAAGAGAAGCAAUGAUAAGUUGUUGCAAAAAGAAAUUUUACUCAAUAAAAAACUACAAAAUACCGCACAUGAUUUGGAAUUGAAACUGGCUCAGGAAAAAGAUCGUCGUGAUGUUUUGCAACGUACGGGCAAAAUGUAUAAAAUACAAAUGAAUAAUCUAUUUAAAAUUGUUGAUUCAUUGAAAUCGGAAGGCCCCAAUGACAAUGGCCCAGCCAUAUUAUCCACCCGCAGAGCUGGAAAUAUUAAUAUAAUAGAAUUGGAUUAAUUGUAUUGCUUCCAUUAAAAAUGGCUUUUAUUAUGCCUUUCUUCCUUUUGGGUAACUUCCUUUAAUUCUACCUAUCUAUCCCUAUUUUAGUUUAAAUCUAUGUUAAUUUUACUAAUAUUAUGUUGUUGUGAAGCUGUCGUUUAUAUUGUUUUUUUUUUUAUUAUUUUACAACUUUGCAUACUUAAAUACGUAUAUUAUCAAAACUAAAAACUAAUUAUGUUAAAUAUUAUUCCAUUUAUUAUUUUUUUAGAAGUCACAAUGUUCAAUAAGUUUUUUUCUUCUUUUUUGAAUAAAAUUCUGCUAGAAUAUUUACUUAUCCUUACGCUUAUUAUUACUUUUUUUGAUUUGUGUUUUGUUACUAAAAGCCCAUUUACAGAGCCAAAAAGAAAAAUUGAACUUCAUUAAAUUUACUCAAAAUCAUCAAUACCUUCGAAAAGUCUAUUUCAUUAAAAAAAAUGUUUAUCUUUGGUCUUAAGCUGACUGUAAACUAUCUUCGUUGUAAGUUCGGCCGGACCGAAGUUUGAAUACCCUCCACCAUUUAGAAAAAAUU